GCGGGGCCGGGCGCGGCGCUUUGUUGGCGGGGCCAUGGCCUGCGUGCCCGGGCAGCCGGUGGCCGCCGUGGUGCAAAGAAUUGAAAUCCAUAAGCUUCGCCAAGGUGACAAUUUGAUUCUGGGAUUCAGCAUUGGAGGUGGCAUUGAUCAGGAUCCUACUCAGAAUCCAUUCUCUGAAGACAAGACUGACAAGGGCAUCUAUGUAACAAGGGUGACAGAAGGUGGCCCAGCAGAAGUUGCAGGACUUCAGAUUGGAGAUAAGAUCAUGCAGGUGAAUGGCUGGGAUAUGACAAUGGUGACCCAUGACCAGGCUAGGAAGAGGCUGACAAAAAGGAAUGAAGAAGUGGUGAGGCUGCUGGUGACCAGGCAGUCCCUGCAGAAGGCUGUGCAACAAUCCAUGAUGUCCUAACCCAUCCAUCAGCAGGUUGGGGAAGGGUUGGGGAGGGAGAUGCACAGACUGGUAUCGAGCAAGGGAGCAAAUGCCUGAACAGGUUGUCUGGGAAGGAGUGUCUGUUCCUAACUGUGGUAAACACUAUUUUAAUAUUUUUUUUUUUUCUUUCUCUGGUGUAACUGGCAGUAGUAAAACUCUAGUCCCCCCAGCAAGAGUGCCUCUCUAAAGUCUUCCCUGCAGGUACAUGGUAAGACUUGACUGUAGACAUGGCUUUCAGGAGGACAGGACAAAUCCUAGUUGCCUAAGGAAGCAACUGGAGAAGCCUUAACUUGGACAAGAUCCUUCUCUAGCACAAAAGCUUCCUCUUUUAAGAGGAAAUGUGGUUUCUACUAUGGAAGAGAAGAGGAUUUGCUCUGCUUAAGCCUUUAGAAGUGAGUUGUCCUGUCCUGCUAAGCUAUCAAAUGAAAGAAUGAAGAGUUGCACACUGCUGUGGGGAGGAGCACUGUACUAAUCUCACAUUGUGUGCUAGAUAGAUGGAGAAUGCUGAAGGGUUUGGGGCAUUUACUGUUUACUGCAAAGACUCCCUGCACGAAGCAGCCUCUUCAGACAAGAAACAACUAAGACAGUGUUAGAUCAAUACCUGCAAAGUACAAUCCAUAGACACUACAGUUCAAUUUCACUGUCAGAGUAAAACAUUAAUUCUCCUUGUUCCCAAGUAAUUUGUAAUAUCAAUUGAAUCAAGGAAAGAAAACACUUGCUGAACUUACCAAAAGAGCUGCUGGGGAGUGGAGAGUCUUUCUUCAUUCCACUUCUAUCAGACCUGAAAUGGGCAGGGUGGAUUCUGGCCUGGCUUCUAGAAGAUUCUGCUUAAAUCACUGGUUUAUUGGAUGGAAGAGAUUAAUAUACCAGUAAUUUCAAAAGUGCCUCUUGACCAAAUUUAAACUUCUGGUAAGAUACUAAGUUGUUUAAAUCAACAUGCCACGGGAUUUAAGAUUUUUGCUGCAACACUAAGUUGAUUAUCUAGCAUCCUAGUGGUUUGUUAAUUAGCUAGCUUUACAAUUAUCCAAAAACUGGAGUCCUUGAUCCCCUUCAGCUGACCUGUACUUUCCUUAGGCAGCCUUCAGGUGAGCUGUUGUAAAUAGAACACGAGGAGGUGGCAGACUAACUUAUUCAGUAUGUUACUGCUGUGCCAUGUACCUGUGUUGUGAUAAAUGCAUCUCAGACUGUUCUGUACACACCAGCAGAUGCCUAAUGACCAUUUUCAUAUCUGGAAUUACUCCAAUACUGCCUUUGAAUUUUGUAACUUAAGAUUUCAGUGGUAAAUUUUAAGGCUUUCAAGUUGAAGUUAUUUUUGUUACUAUAAUGAUACACUGCUAUUUGUACUGCUAUUACACUUGAUUUUUACACACAAUAAAACAAGGUUGGAUUACCUGA